AUGACGUCGUUAAAGCAGAAACAAAUAAAUGCAAUCAAGCAAAUGUUGAAUUUGAAUCAACCCCAGACGAAGUUAACAGCCUCUGAGCCGGUGUGGAAGGUUUUGAUAUACGACCGAGUAGGCCAGGACAUUAUAUCGCCUUUAAUUUCAGUGAGGGAACUGCGGGAAUUAGGAGUAACGUUGUUUGUCCAAUUGCAUUCGGAACGAGAUCCUAUUCCAGAGGUUCCGGCCAUAUACUUUUGUGUUCCGUCGGAUGAAAAUUUGGGCAGGAUUAGCCAGGAUUUCCAACGAGGAGUGUACGAUGUGUACCACUUGAAUUUCAUUUCUCCCAUAUCCCGACAGAAAUUAGAAGACUUGGCCUCUGCAUCUAUAACAGCCAAUUGUGUCACCAACAUUCAUAAAGUGUAUGAUCAGUACAUAAAUUUCAUUUCGUUAGAAGAUGAUAUGUUUGUUUUAAAACACCAAAACAGCGAUAUUAUAUCGUAUUACAGUAUAAAUAAAGGAGACAUCAAAGACACGGAAAUGGAUUCGAUCAUCAACAACAUCGUCGAAAGUCUCUUCUCCGUAUUCGUUACCUCAGGAACGGUACCUAUUAUUAGAAGCCCCAAAGGCAACGCGGCCGAAAUGGUGGCGAAGCAACUGGACAAAAAGUUGAGGGAAAACCUCUUCGACACCAGGAACAAUUUGUUCGUAUCGGACACCCAAUCGGGCAACUUCAAUUUCCAACGACCGCUGUUGAUAAUCCUCGAUAGAAACGUCGACAUGGCGACGCCCUUGCAUCACACUUGGACCUACCAGGCGCUCGCCCACGAUUUGCUCGAUCUGGCCUUGAACCGGGUGGUUAUCGAGGAAUCCCUUCCCACCGGAGGCGCUAGAGCGAAGAGCCGCACGUGCGAAUUGGACACUUCGGAUAAAUUCUGGUCGACGCAUAAAGGUAGUCCUUUUCCCACGGUGGCCGAGGCCAUACAGGAGGAGCUCGAGCAGUACAAAUCAUCCGAAGAGGAGGUGAAGAAAUUGAAGAGUUCGAUGGGUAUCGAAGGGGAAAGCGAUUCGGCUAUAGCGAUGGUGUCCGAUAACACGGCUAAAAUCACAUCGGCGGUAAAUUCGUUGCCUCAGUUGAUAGAGAAGAAACGGUUGAUAGAUAUGCACACUUCUGUGGCUACUUCUUUGUUGAAUUUCAUCAAAUUUAGAAAACUCGAUACGUUCUUUGAGCUGGAGGAGAAGAUCAUGAGCAAGGCGCAGGCUUUGGAGAAGUCCCUCUUGGAUAUACUGACGGAUCCUUCAGCGGGCGAUCCCGACGACAAAUUGCGAUUGUUUAUAAUAUUUUUCAUUUGCAUUUCGGACAUGUCGGAGCAGGAGCUUCGGAAAUACGAGGCGGCUCUCACCGAAGCGGGCUGCGAUCUGUCGCCGCUUGCUUACAUCAAAAGAUGGAAGAGUUAUAGUAAAAUGACGACGAGCAGCGUAAUCAAUCAAUACGAAGGAGCCGGUACUAAAACAGUCAGUAUGUUCUCCAAAUUGGUGUCUCAGGGCUCGAAUUUCGUCAUGGAAGGUGUUAAAAAUUUAGUUAUCAAAAGACACAAUCUCCCCGUAACGAAAAUCGUGGAUAGUCUGAUGGAAUUUAAAAACGCCAGCGAAGUGGAGGAGUAUCUUUAUUUGGAUCCGAAGCAGCUGAAACUUACGGAGAUGCCGAGGAAUCGAUCGCCCUUUCAGGAAGCUAUCGUUUUCGUUGUAGGCGGUGGAAAUUAUAUUGAAUAUCAGAAUUUGGUGGAUUAUGCAAAGGCUAAAACGUCGGCUGGGAAUUCGAAACGGAUAACAUACGGAUCUACAACGCUAAAUAAUGCCAAACAAUUUUUGAAACAGUUGGCUCUCCUAGGACAAGAAUUAUAA